AUUAUCAUCACUUCCAAAAAUAAAAAACCCGAUCAGCCAAAAAAACAUAUCAUCACUUCACACGGCGACUCCUAAACGACUCUCUCAUUCUCUCAACAACUACUACUAAACCCAUGCCGAUUCAAUUAACCCAAACGCGAUCACUUUAGCACAAGGUGCAUUGUCAAGUUUGUACAUCAUAUAUUUGUAACCAUAUACUGGAUCAAUAUUACCUUCGAAGCAAGAGUGUGUCUUGGAUGGGUUUAGUAUUUCAGUAGAAACUUCAUCCACUCAGGCACUUCCAAUAUGGAAAUAGAUCAACAGAAUUCUGAUUGGGAAAGUGUGAGUUGUCCUAUAUGCUUAGAAUGUCCUCACAAUGGUGUCCUCCUCCAAUGCUCAUCUUAUGUGAAAGGAUGUCGUCCUUUUGUAUGUGACACUGAUCAUUUGCACUCUAACUGUCUGGACCGUUUUAAAAGUGCACAUGGCAUGUUAUCUGAGUCAUCUUCAUCUAGAACAUCUAGUGCGACAUCCCUUUCAAAUGAGAGCACUGACACAAAAGAUCCUGAAGCCACUGACAAGCCUGUGUGUCCCCUUUGUAGAGGAGAAGUUACGGGAUGGGCCAUUGUAGAAGUGGCCCGUGUACAUUUGAAUGAGAAAAGGCGUCGUUGUGAAGAGGAACAAUGUGCAUUUUCAGGUACCUACUAUGAACUUCGGCAACAUGCUCAGCUCGAGCAUCCUCAUGCCUGCCCCUCUAAAAUUGAUCCUGCACGACAACUAGAUUGGGAGAACUUCCAGCAGUCAUCAGAGAUAAUCGAUGUUUUAAGCACUAUACAUUCAGAAGUUCCACGGGGGGUGGUACUUGGGGACUAUGUUAUUGAGUAUGGUGAUGAUGAUUCUGGAGAUGAUUUUGAAGACUUGCCUGGAGCUCAAGGUAACUGGUGGACAUCUUGUAUCUUGUAUCAGGUCUUUGAUAACUUUAGAACUUCUAGGAGGAGGAGAAGAUCACGAGCAAAUGAGUCAAGAAGAGGAAACCGAAAUAUAAACUAUGAUACGUCAAAUUCCGAUGAAGGUUCUGUAACAUCGACUGAAGAUGAGUUUGUUAGUACCAUUGGUCUUUCAAGUACAACUGGCCAUCGCAGUUCUAGAAGACGUCGCUCUCGCUUCUUUGACAAUUAGUAGCAUAGGGGAUCAGCUCCAUAGAUCAAACAAAGAGUUUGAUUAUGUUGGUCAAUUCAAGUUGAAAGCAGUGAAGAAGCUCGCUCUACUUUUCUGAAGUUUGCAGAAGCUAAAUCAAGAUAAUGUUCUCAGCUGUGCCCACUAGUCAUGAUUUUGAAGUUCAUGUAAUUAUGUUGAGGCUGCUUAUUUGUAUUUGUAUUUCUUUUUAGUUGUCUGGUUUGUUUCUUUUCAGGAUAUAGUUCAAUAAAUUGUUUAUAAAUGUUGGAAGAGUUGAAAUCCUUGAAAUUUCAUAUAUUAACAAUUAACAAUUCUUUCAGUUGAA